UCCAAAACUCCAAAUGAGGAUAAAUGAGAGAAAGUCAAUUGUGCGUUUGUGCUCGGCUCCUCCACGUCAUAUGCGCGUCCGGAACGCGUAAAUUAGAAUAAUGAAAUAUCGUUGAUAAGAAGAGGCUUACCCGCUAGCACGGAUAUGCGCUCUUGAAUUUUAACACCAGUUACGAUUUCACCAGUAAGGUACUUUUUGUUUCUAUACGUGAAAAAUGGGAGGAGGAGAUGAGCAUAAUAAGCACGGAGAGCAAGACAAGGGAUUGUUUUCUAAUUUAGCACACCACCUCCAACCACAUGGGGGUUAUCCGCCCGGGGCAUAUCCCCCGCCACCAGGGGCAUAUCCUCCGCCACCCGGGGCAUAUCCUCCACAAGGUUUUCCUCAAGCAGGUUACCCUCCCAAUGCAUAUCCUCCGCAAGGUUAUCCUCAAGCAGGUUACCCUCCCAAUGCAUAUCCUGCUGGUCCAUCUGCUCCACACUCAACCAGUUCAGGGCAUCAUGGACCUGGUGUUGGGUCAAUGUUAGCGGGUGGAGCUGCAGCUGCGGGACUUGCAUAUGCAGCUGGUCACAUGUCACACGGAGGGGGUAGUCACUUUCCACAACAACAUGGAGCUGUUCCAUUUGGCGGGCAUGGUGGUUAUGCCAGCGGGCAUGGUGGUUAUGGCAGCCAUGGGAAGUUCAAGCACGGGAAGCAUCAUGGCAAGUUCAAGCACGGGAAGCAUCAUGGCAAGUUCAAGCAUGGGAAGGGAGGAAAGCAUGGAGGCAUGUUCAAAAAGUGGAAAUGAUUUAUUUAACUUGCUCUUUCUUUGUACACAAUAAACAACAUAACUGCUAUGGGGUUUGCGGUUAAAGAUUACUAGUUUGGUGAUUUCUGCGCGGUAUAGCAGCUGGUAGAUAGAGAUCUCCUACCCUAAUGACUUAUGCACGUGUACGCAAAUAUAUGUACACACUGUCCAUCUUAAUGCGUUUGUAUCUGUAUGUUUGGUUCUCCCUUCAAACAAUGAAUAAGAAAUUAAGAAUGAAUAAUCGAACUUUCAACUUUUUUAGUCGUGCCGUUUAUUAAUUAUUUUCUUUUAUAUGGAAUGGAUAAACCUUACCUGCAGCAGCAAGGGGCAACAUAUCACACAUUCUGUCCGAUCCCAGAUAUAUAGACAAAUAUCGAGCUAGCAUUGAAAGGGCACCUCUAGCUUAAGGAAUGAACUUACUCGGCAUUUUAUCAGCCAAGUAGCGGGUCACUGGGCCGUCAAAGCCACUAGGUGUCCAGGACAGGGUCCCUGUGAGGAUGAUAAGUGUCCUGAAUAUUGAGAGGGGUGAUUUGAUACUUUAAAUAUUGAGGUAUGAAGAAUCAUUUUUUCGAACAGCUAUUAAAUUUAAUUAGUCACUCUAUUUAUAUUUGUUAUCUCACUUUCAUUUUGACAUUUUCCACUUGUUUUAUAUUGUAUACCUUUCAUUUUCGACUUGUUUUAUAUUGUAUACGUUAGCACCCAAUAUUUAUAUAUUCCACUUCAAUAAAAAUACCAAAACUCCGUGCAAACCCAAUAGUGACAAAUAACUUAGAAAAUGUUGGGGUGGCGGAGUUGAGGCCCCUCUAACCUUUCCCUCCCUCCAUGAUUGAAAGAUAAUAAAUUCAUCAAGAAUUAAAGCAUGUUUGUUUGCACUGAAAACUUAUGAAAUGGUAUAGGCUGAUUAGUUAGUUAUCUACACACACAUGUAACAAUGAAUAUGCAUGUAUUCAUAACAGUAGAGUUCAUAAAAUAACAUAACCUCUCAAGCUAGGGAGGGCAAGCUUUGACCAUUCAAAUUAAGUUCUCAAGACCCAAUAGAUGUUCCUUAUUCAUUUUUAAAUAUUUUCUAUCUUGUUUUAUUAUUAUUUGAUUAUAAUUUUACUAUAUUGUUAAAUUGUUGAAUUGCUAUUCCUUUGAAUUUAUGUACCAAUUCCACUAUUUGUGACUCUUAAAUGCCUAAUUAUCUAAACUAUAAUGAUAUUUUUAGUGGUGUAUGAGCGGAAAGAAGUUCUCAGAGAAUUAAGAUGAUAAGUGAUUAAUUAAAACUUUCUUGUUUGCUUAAUAUCUCUAGUAAGCUCUUCUUAUUGUUAGCUCUACACUAGCUAUGAAAUAAUUCCUCUCUAGUUAUUGCCGGCAUAUAACUUAUCUUGUUGGUGGGGAAGGUACAAUGAAAUCCAUUUCCUAGUCUUUCGUUGAGUUUUGUUGCAUCUUCAAUUUUGUGCACCAUCCUGUUUUUGGUACUCUUCUGUUCUUGAGCACUUCAUGUUCAGUAGGAUAUCUUGUUUUGACAAAUUGACAGUAUAGGAUGACUCUUCUAUCUUUCCUCCUUUGGAUAUAACUCAUCUGUUUAUCUUGCUUGAGUUAUUUCUUAGGCUCAUGCAAGACAGCAAGAGGUCUUUUUUUAGUUGUUUCAUGUUAGUAUACAUGUAUAAAUUUAGUUAUUUUUUUAUUUAUUGUUCUUUCAAGUUUUAAUUGUAUAAAAUAAAUGAACACCUAACACCUAAAUCAUAAAUUCUCCAAUGACCAUAAAGACACAACUUUACGUUUGGACCCCCAUGAAAAUUGGAGGAAUGAUCAAAGUUCGAAACCCGCAUCGAUCGAUUGGGGACUGGGCCUCUGGUGUGCACAUGUAUAAGGUCUACCACAAUGAGGCCGACUGAGUUAUCGCGAUUUAUAUCCUCUCAUAUGCCUUGUCAAGAGGGUCCCUUAGGGAUUCAACCUUCUGGGAUUCAACCUCCCACAUGUUGGGACGUGGGGGGCCCUUAGGGAUUCAUCAUGUUUGGGGAUUCUUCUGCACCCAUUCUUGACUGUGUCAACUGUAUGUAACAUUUCAGAAGCUACAUCAUUAGUAGUUGUCUUAUGCAAGAAUCGGAAGUUAGC